AUUAGUGUUAAAAAUAGAGGAGGAAGCAGCAAAAACAGAACAACACAGAUAUUCCUACCUAUUAGUACACACACACACGUACAUACAUACAAAUUGACUCUCAGCCACACAGAGAACAAAAUACACCUCAUCUAUAAACGCCCGCCGCCGUCGCCGUCAUUAUAAACGAUAUCGUCAACGUCGCCGCAAAAGGCCCAACAUCAUCAUAGUAUACACACAACGUCAAAUUAUAUUUCGUCUGUUUUUGGUGUUUGUGUGUGUGUGUCAGGCUUCUCUCUAACAACCCAGUAAAAAAUUUAAGCGCAUUCUGAUCUCAAAAAAAAAAAAACUAAAACCCCGACAAACAAACAGUGAAAAUUGAAAACUAGUCGUUUUAAUAUUCUCUAUUACAGCGCGUAUAGCCUGGCGUCGUACAGCGGCAGUUAAACCCCGGAGACAGACACUUUCAAUACAAUUUUCACGUACAACAAGCCCAAAUAAAACAAAUGGAUUUCAUGAUGGCCAAUCCUGGAGCAGCAGUCGAUAAUCAAUCUGCCAUUUUGCCUGGUGCCAAUCCGGCAGCGGCAGCUGCGCAGCUGGCCGUAUCACCAGCCGCCGCAGCUGCUGCCCAACUGCAACAGCAGCAGGUUCAGCAGGCCAUAUUGCAGGUACAACAACAACAGACCCAACAAGCUGUGGCUGCAGCCGCCGCCGCUGUUGCCCAGCAAUUGCAAAAUCAAACCAACGGCACCAAUGGCAAUACAAAUGGCUCCAGUGAGACCCGCACCAAUUUGAUUGUCAACUAUUUGCCACAGACCAUGAGUGAGGACGAGAUACGUUCGCUGUUCUCGAGUGUGGGUGAAAUUGAAUCGGUGAAAUUGAUACGCGACAAAAGUCAACCCUUUUUGGAUCCCUUGAAUCCGACAGCCACCAAGGGUCAAAGUUUGGGCUAUGGAUUUGUUAACUAUGUACGGCCCCAAGAUGCUGAGCAGGCUGUUAAUGUUUUGAAUGGUUUGCGGCUGCAAAAUAAAACCAUAAAGGUGUCAUUUGCCCGACCCUCCUCGGAGGCCAUAAAGGGCGCCAACCUAUAUGUUUCCGGUCUGCCCAAGACCAUGACUCAACAAGAUUUGGAGGCAAUUUUUGCACCAUUUGGUCAAAUAAUUACUUCGAGGAUUUUGCAAAAUGCCGGUAAUGAUACCCAAACCAAGGGUGUGGGCUUCAUUCGGUUCGACAAACGUGAAGAGGCCACCAGGGCCAUAAUUGCAUUGAACGGUACCACACCCACGGGUUGCACCGAUCCCAUUGUGGUGAAAUUCUCCAAUACCCCGGGCAGUACAAACAAGAUAAUCCAGCCUCAGAUUCCAACCUUUUUAAAUCCCCAGCUGGUGCGACGCAUUGGUGGUGCCAUGCACACACCCGUCAACAAGGGUCUGGCCCGUUUUUCACCCAUGGCCGGUGAUAUGUUGGACGUAAUGCUGCCCAAUGGCUUGGGUGCUGCUGCCGCCACCUCAUUGGCCACUGGGCCCGGCGGUGCCUAUCCCAUAUUCAUUUACAACUUGGCACCCGAAACCGAAGAAUCGUCGCUGUGGCAGCUAUUUGGUCCCUUUGGCGCUGUGCAAUCCGUGAAAAUUGUCAAAGACUCGUCGACCAAUCAAUGCAAAGGUUAUGGCUUUGUGUCCAUGACCAACUACGAUGAAGCAGCUAUGGCAAUAAGGGCGCUCAAUGGUUAUACUUUGGGUAAUCGAGUAUUACAAGUUAGUUUUAAGACUAACAAAAAGUAAAUUAGGCAAGAACAAAAAAACAAAACACAUACAUAACAUAAUUUAUAUAUAUAUAGUAUAUAGAAAGAACACAGAACAACAACAACACAUUUCUUAAGCAUACAAUAGAUGAUAACUUGUCCCCUCUAUUACUACUACUACUACUACUCCUCACAAACAGACCCACACAUUUAAUAAUUGCAAGUAGGAUCUGGAGUUUUAAACAAUGCAAAUGCUGACUAUUUUUCUUGCAAAAGAAAAAGGGAGCAGAGAUUUUUGGUCUCCCUCUCUCGAUUGUUUUAAAACUCUUGCCCGCCUGGCAACUGGAAAUAAUGCAUGUCCUUUUUUUGAAAUUUGCAUGAUUGAGGAUUCUUUUCUUAUAAAGAAAAUUGUCCUUUGCUUCUUAAAGAGAUCAACAAAAGAAAUGACAAGGCAAUAUUUUGAUGAAAGAAGUAACAAUUUUUUUAUUAAAAAUAAAAAAAAACGGAAAGAAAAACAAUUUUAACAUAUAGGCUAAAAGAAUAAUGAAGACCGACCGAACGAUCGAAACAGCAAAAAAGAAAGUAAAACAAACUAAAAUUUGGGAAAAGCAAGCAAAACAAGUAAAUCUUCCAAGAAAUAAAAAAACGCAUAAAUUUAAUUAAACAAAACUAUUAAGAAAGUAAAAUAAUUUUCAAACACUCGCCAGUGAAAGAAAAACAAAAAAAAAAAAAAAACACAUUUUUAAAAUAAUAAUUAAUAUAGGAUUUUUCUAUAUUUAAAAAAAGAAGAGUUAAGAAACGAUGCACACACAAACACAGCUAUAAAGAGGCUUUUUACAGUAUUACAAGAUAUUAUGUUUUAGCAAAACAAUUGUUCAGAACAAAUUCAAAAUGAGUGAAGAAAAAGCUAGAGGCCAUCAACAUCAUCGUCAUUAUUAUUAUUACCAUUACUAAAUUUACUGGUGAAUGUUAGAAGAAUACCUAAUUAAACAAAACUCCUUUUUAUUAUUAUUAAUAUAAAUAUAAUACAAAAAAAAAAGGAAAAGAAAAAUUGAAACAAACAAAAACCAAAACUAGUUAAAAAUUAAACAAACAAAAAACUCAAAGUAACAAACAACAAUAAUUUAUGAAUAUCAUCAUAGAUCCGUUCCCCCAACCUGGAGGAAUAGCAAGUAUUUAUAAUUUAAAAUGUAGCGAAAUUGGUAAAAGAAAAACACUCCGAAAAUUAAAAUCCCUGGGGAGCUUUGGGUGCAAGGAUAUUUGGUUUUAGGUUUUUUUUAUAUUCAACAUUAAAAAACACUAGGGCAAAGAUAUUAAAAUUUACAACUUUUCUUAGAUUUCUUCCUAUACAGAGAUCUAAUAAAUUUCAGAAGAAAACAUUGUUCUUAAAAAGGCUAACUGAGUUGUGAGAGAGAACGAGACCUUCCUAUCAAAUUUAGAAAUAAAAAUUUGUUUCAUUGAUGAAAAUAAUACGGUUUUGAAAGUCUCUCUCUUGCUCACCCAUUGACUUGACAAAUUUUUAAACGGAAGUCCCUUCUAGUUUAUAAAAGUUACUAGUUACUAUUCUUAAAAAAAAGAGUCAUGGAAGAAAAUCUGAGUUACUUGAUAGUGAGCGCCUAAGGAAAAGAAAAUGAAAAAGACUCAGUUUUCGUUAAGGAUUUUUUGGGUGACUGUCUCCCUCUAUAGAUAGAAGACCUUCUGUAAAACUGAAGUGAAAGGUCUUGCAUUGAUUCUCAAUGAAUAUAAUACCUUACCGAGAUAACGACAGUCAGGCAUAGAAACUGUUUAAACUGUUUAAGGUUUUAAAAGCGAAUGUCAAAGAACAGUUUCUCUCCCUUGCUGACCCAUAGACUUAACAAAUUUUUAAACGGAAGGCCCUUCUAGUUUAUAAAAGUUACUAGUUACUAUUCUUAAAAAAAGAGUCGUGGAAGAAAAUCCGAGUUACUUGAUAGUGAGGGCCUAAGGAAAAGAAAAUGAAAAGACUCGGUUUUCAUUAAUGAAUUUUUUGGGUGACUGUCUCCCUCUGUGGACAGAAGACCAUCUGUAAAACUAAAAUGAAAGGUCUUGCAUUGAUUCUCAAUGAAUAUAAUACCUUGCCUAGAUAUCUCCAGUCAGGGAUAGACACUAUUAAAGAUGUUAGUUUUUUUGCCCGCCCGCGCCCAUCUCCUCUGGGAUUUUUUUUUUGAGUGAAAACAAAAAGCAAACUUGAUCAUUUACAAAAUGAAGAAACAUUAUAAAGCACAAAUGUUUAUACAAUAAAUCGUAUUAUGAAAUAACAAAUAUAUAUAUAAUUCUUUUUAAUUGAAUUUUAUAAUUUUUCAUCUAAACUAUAGAUAUGCUUUGAGUUGCUUUGUUUUGAAAUUGCUUUUGUUUUUUUUUUUCUUAUUGGUUUUUGGUAAAUACAUCUCUCCAAAAACUCCACCCUCUCUGUCCUCGUGCGCCCCCCAUGAACCAUCAGCAGCAUUUCACUGGUUUUUCUUUUGCCCCCAUCCUCCAGCAGAAGAAAAUUAGGAUUGCAUUAAAUUUUAGUUUGUUUUCUUUUUUCAAAACUUAUUGUUAGUGUUGUUUCUUUGUUUUUUCUUACAUAGAGAUAUACAUAAAUAUUAUUAUUAAUUUCUUUUGUUGAUUUCUUUAAGUUUUUCUUUAGAGAAGAAAUUAUUAAAGUAAUUUUUCAUAUUUUAUUAUAUAGAAAAAAAGUAUUUAUUUUUAAUUAUAUAUAUUAGACUUGAUUUUUUCCGAUUCUUUCUUCAAAAGGCAGGCAUUAUUUGUUUAAAGUUCAGUAAAGAAAAAUACUUAUACUUUUAUUACCAAAAAAGGAGAAGGGAAAACAAAAACAAUUAUGGCAUCAAGUUUGAAGAUCCACCUUCUUCUUCAACUGAGAAAAUGUUGGAGAAAAAUGAUUUUUGUUUUCCCUUGUCCCAAUUUGAAACAAAUUUGUAUUUCAUUAUUAGAAAAAUAUCAUUACAACACAUCAGCGUAUAUGACCCCCCUUUCUUCUCACACUCUAUUCUCUCUCAUUUAAAUGUUUAAAUAUUUACAUAUACAUAUUUAUUAUUAUACUAUUUAAUAUUUAUAAUUGAUUAUUAUGUGUAUGCGAUUUUAGUAACUUUUUUUUUAGUAUGUAUACAUAUAUAUAUAUUUUAAAAACAACACACACACACAAUUAUAAUUUUCUUAACAAAACACUUUAGUUCUUAAGCAACCGAAAACAAAAAUAAUUUAUAUAAAAAAUUAGUAUUUAAAAAAAGAAAACAAAACGUGAGGAAAACCAACUCCCUAAUGAAAGAUACAAGAGAAAGCAAGAACAAAUCUAACAACAAAAAGUAACAAACAAAAAUCUAGUCAGUGAAAAAAAAAAUAAAAUAUAAAAAUAUAUAUUUUUAAAAUUAAGUUUAAAAACCAAGCAGCUUAAUAUAUAUAUAAACAUACAAGAAAUGAAAAAAGAAAACAACUCUUGAAAAUAUCAUAGGAGUUUUUUUCAUUUUGAACAACAUCUCUAGCUAAACGUUUUUCUUUUAAGAAAAAUAUAUAUUUUUUCAGUUUUUCAAUUUUUUUUGUACACUAAUUUCUUUUUUUUUCUUUUUAUUUAAUUUCUUCUCAAACUUGUUGUUAUUGCAAGGAAGGAAACGUAACCUAUAUAAUCCAAAGAUUUAAAUAUUUAGUAAAAUUCUAUAUACAAAAAUAACACAAACAUAGAAGUUUUCUAUAGGGACUCGAUGAAAUAAGGGAAAAGGUUGUCAUUCAUUCAAAUUGAAUUUGAGGUUAUGUUUAAGCCAAAUUUCAAUAUUGAAGCUUUUCCAACAAAA